AUGAGGAUUGACGCCCGGUUUGCAGCUUGUGGCAUUCUAGCGUUGCUUUCAGGCACUCAAGCCGAAGUAUCCCUUGAAAAGUCCAUUGCAUCCAUAUGGGAAGAUUUCAAGAAUGCCGUGGAUUGCGGCAGUUGCCAGGCUCUACUUGGUGGUCUGAAGCUUGUCUCAGGAAUUGGGGAGGACUUCAUGAUUGAUGUUCUAACUGGACUGUGUGACAUCAGCAAGGCUGAAGAUUCGGAUGUCUGUGAAGGAAUCAUCAAGAAAGAGGGCCCUGCACUUCAUGAUGCCUUCCAGGCCCUGCUCAUAGGAUCGCAUUCGACCCAGACGAUGUGCGCCAACCUGAUUGGACUGUGUCAGUAUCCUGAAGUCCGAACCUACGCGCUUUCGUUCCCUUCCCCCAAGCCGAAGCAAGUGAGACCACAGUCUAGCGAUAAGCCACCAAUCAAAGUCGUUCAUUUCAGCGAUACACACGUGGAUCUUUACUACGAGCCUGGCUCAAGCUAUGAGUGCUCCAAGCCCAUCUGCUGCAGGGUCUUCGAGGACAAAUAUGCCCCAGGAAUCACGAAGACUCCAUGUGGACCGUUUGGAAAUCCGAAAUGUGAUCCACCUCAGGUGCUACAGGAGAGCAUGAACGUCGCGAUCGCAGAAAUCAAUCCCGAGUUCUCUAUAUACACCGGUGAUGUCGUGGCACAUGAUGUCUGGCUAGUCAACCAGGCCGAGGCUCUGGAAAGUUUCAAUAACACAUUCGGCCAGAUGGAAAAGACACUUGGUGUGGUAUACGCUGCCAUAGGAAACCACGACACUGCACCGCUGAACCUCUUCCCUUCGAAGAAUGUUCCCAAUGGGCACAUCCAAUGGGCAUAUAAUGCUCUCGCCGAAGACUGGCAUGCUCUGGCCGGUGUUUCGUCCGUGCAAUCUGCAGAUGACUACGGAUCAUACUCGGCGGUUCACCCUAACAGCAACCUGCGCAUCAUCUCUUACAACAGUAUUUUCUACUACAAGUUCAACUUUUACAUGUACCAAGAGCCAAUGGAAAAAGACCCGAAUGGUCAAUUCAAAUGGCUCAUCAAGGAACUCCAGGCAGCUGAAGAUGCAGGCCAGCGCGCCUGGUUGAUCUCGCACAUCCCACCUGGAGUCGCAGACCAUUUCCACGACUACUCGCAGUACUUCGAUCAAAUUGUACAGCGGUACGAAGCUACCAUUGCCGGGUUAUUCUAUGGUCAUACACACAUGGAUGAGUUCCAAAUCGCAUACUCAAACUACAAGGACCGCAGUUACAAAACUGCAACCGCAAUGGGAUACAUCGCACCAGCAAUGACCCCGACCGAGGGACCCCCUUCGUUCCGCGUCUAUGAAAUCGACCCUGAGACCUUCGCCGUUCUAGACUAUACUCAAUAUAUCGCCAACAUCAGCGACCCGGGAUAUCAAGAAAAACCACAAUGGCUUCCAUACUAUUCCGCCAAAGCGGAUUACGGAUCGAAACUUUCUCCUCCUGUCACAGACCCGAAAACCGAACUAACCCCUGCAUUCUGGCAUAAUGUUACGGUUGCAAUGGAGGGAGAUUCGUCUAUUUUCCAAGACUUCUGGGCUAGGCGUGUCCGCGGAUACAAUGUCAAAGCAUGUGAUGGCGACUGUGCGACCACGGAGAUUUGUAGUCUCCGUGCUGCAGACGCGCAAUUCAAUUGCGUCAAACCAAAGCCUGGAUUCAAUUUCUCUAAGCGUGAUGGUGAAGAGGUGUUGCUGGAAGAAGAAUCGCCUCAUUGUGAUCAUGCUGGGUUGGCACCGCUGCUGGGUAAGAUAGCUUAUCGGGCUAGAGUUGCUCGUCAGAUGGAGGCGUGA